AUGCGUCUAUCUUUUUCACGUAACAGAGCUUGUCAAGAGUUCAGUAGAAGACUACAGGUUAGAAAUUCGAACUUCGUUCGUAUUCCUUCUCUAAGAGUCGCUCAAACUGCUAAAUUUUCUACGAGAAGCACAUUAUUGGCACCUAAACCUACAAUCGCAAAAAUGUCCUCUGUCGUUGACGAAACUAGCGGAACUCCUUCUAUAGUUCCUCCUCGUAACCCUUAUGGAACCAAUCCAGCUGAUUUUCUAUCUCGUGUGAACAAUUUCUCCGUUAUCGAAUCUACUCUCCGUGAGGGUGAGCAAUUCGCUAACUCUUUUUUUGAUACCGAGAAGAAGAUUGAAAUUGCCAAGGCUCUGAACGAUUUCGGUGUUGACUACAUCGAAUUGACCUCUCCCGUGGCUUCCGAACAAUCCCGAAAAGAUUGUGAGGCUAUUUGCAAAUUGGGCCUUAAGAGCAAGGUUCUCACUCACAUCCGUUGCCACAUGGACGAUGCCCGUGUUGCUGUUGAAACCGGUGUUGACGGUGUCGAUGUUGUCAUUGGUACUUCUCAAUACCUUCGCAAGUACUCUCAUGGUAAGGACAUGACUUACAUCAUCAACAACGCUACUGAGGUUAUCAACUAUGUCAAGAGCAAGGGUAUCGAAGUCCGUUUUUCCUCUGAAGACUCUUUCCGUUCUGACCUUGUCGAUCUCCUUUCCCUCUACAAGGCCGUCGAUAAGAUUGGUGUGAACCGUGUUGGUAUUGCCGAUACUGUCGGUUGCGCCACUCCCCGUCAAGUCUACGACCUCAUUCGUACUCUCCGUGGUGUCGUCUCUUGUGACAUUGAGUGCCACUUCCACAACGAUACCGGCAUGGCCAUUGCUAACGCCUACUGUGCUUUGGAAGCUGGUGCCACCCAUAUCGAUACUUCUGUCCUUGGUAUCGGUGAGCGCAACGGUAUCACCCCUCUUGGUGCCCUUAUGGCUCGUAUGUAUGUCACUGACAGAGAGUAUGUCACUUCCAAAUAUAACUUGAAGAAGCUCCGUGAUCUCGAGAAUUUGAUUGCCGAUUCCGUCCAAGUUCAAAUUCCCUUCAACAACUACAUCACCGGUAUGUCUGCUUUCACCCAUAAAGCUGGUAUCCAUGCCAAGGCUAUUCUUGCCAACCCUUCCACAUAUGAAAUUCUUCGUCCCGAAGACUUUGGUAUGAGCCGUUACGUCCACGUUGGCUCUCGUUUGACUGGCUGGAACGCCAUCAAAUCUCGUGCCGAGCAACUCAACCUUCACUUGACUGAUACUCAAGCAAAGGAGUGCACUAACAAGAUCAAGCAAUUGGCCGAUGUUAAUUCUUUGGCUAUGGAUGAUGUUGACCGUGUCUUGCGUCAAUUUCAUGCUGACCUUCAGUAA